AUGAACUACGCCAACAUGAUUGAGGAGAAAAACCUCAAGAAAACAUUCAUCAUCGCGACACUAUGCUCUACCCUCGUCGGAACCUUUACCUCAUCCAUGGGCCUCUGGGACCGGGUAAAGGAGAAGCGCAUACAGGCUAAACGCGACACCACCCAAGACGAAGAGAUCAAGAAGCUCAAGGCCCAAGUCGAAAAAGCCUCCAACGAACGCGACCGGGCCUCCCACGACAGGCAAAGAAUACGAGACGAAGUCGAAUCCUCAUUCGAACGGUCGGGCGCCCUCAUCAAUCGCGAGUUCGAAGAUGGAUACCAGAGAUACGGCAACCGAUUCGCCAUUGGCGACGUCGUGACCGAGAACAAACUACAGGCACAGGUCAUCGCGCUGCAGCAGACGGUGAUCAAUGUCUUGCAGGAUGCCCUGUACAGUGGGAGACAACUUGACCGUGCGGACAUGGCCAGACUUGUCGCUGCCUCUGAUGCCGCGCGAGAGGGCUCCCUUGGCGCCCUGAGACAACAGCGACAGCGUCUAGGCGAGUUGGAGGGCCCGAUUCCCCCACCUCCGCAAGCCCUUCCCCCGCCUUCGCGAGCUUCCACCGUCGUCAGAGACGACCCUCUGUACUGUCGCUAUGCCCUCGAUCUACAAUACAUUCCCGAGCGACCUCUCUCUUCUAGCUUCGCACCACGUGGCGACUGCCUCUGUCCAGCCUGCGACGUCUUCCUCGACGUAGAAGACGAUGAUGGUUGGGCGAUUGGCAAGACGGCCACACGCCUGGUCACAGAGCAGGGCUACAAGCGUGAGAUUGACGAAGAGCUCGAGUUCCAUGUCAGUCCGCGAUUUGUUGUCAAGUGCCACACCCCCGAAGGAGAGUUCGCCUGCGUGCUGUGCAGUCGCUUCCGUGAAGAGGACGUCCUAUGUCCCACGGCGGAUACCUUGAUCAACCACAUCGGGAGGGUACACACCGUUGCCGAGAUGGAGAGGGAGCCUGAUUUUGAAGUGCGAUCACUGGACCUUGAUAGGAGGAGCUUGGCUUCUGCCAGACCUAUUGAUAUGAACAAGAGGAUCAUGCCGCCGAGGUCAGUAGAUUCGGGCAGGGGAAGUUCAUCCGGCAAGUCCGUCGUCGACGUCGAUAGGCGAAGUGCGAGGGCUAUGAGUGUCGACAGGAGGAGUAUGGACCGACGGAGCAUGGAUCGAAGAAGCAUGGAUGGGAGAAGUGUGGCUGGGAGGAGCGUGUACUAA